AUGAAGACGAUUCGAUGUCUGCGACCGGCGGCAGCGCGAGUGCCGUUUCAGCGCUCGACGCUGCCUCGUGUCGUGCGGGCCUAUAGCUCCAAGUCGUACGAAUACAUCCAGACGUCGACGCCCAAGCCCGGCGUCGGCAAAGUGACGUUGAACCGCCCCAAGGCCCUCAAUGCCCUCUGCACGCCCCUCAUCAAGGAACUCAACGAAGCUCUCAACGACUUCAACGCAUCCGACGACACCUCCGUCAUUGUCCUGACGGGCUCGCACAAGGCCUUUGCCGCCGGGGCCGACAUCAAGGAGAUGGCGCCGCUGACCUUUGCCGAGGCCUACACAAAGUCCUUUAUCGAGUCGUGGUCCCUGCUGACGACGCAAAUCAAGAAGCCCAUCAUCGCCGCCGUCGCCGGACAUGCCCUGGGCGGCGGCUGCGAGCUGGCUAUGAUGUGCGACGUCAUCUACUGCACGGAGACGGCAAACUUUGGCCAGCCCGAGAUCAAGCUCGGCACCACCCCCGGGGCCGGCGGCAGCCAGCGCCUGACGCGGGCCAUUGGCAAGGCCAAGGCCAUGGAACUGAUCCUCACGGGCAACAACUUUAGCGGCGUCGAGGCGGAGAAAUGGGGCGUGGCGGCCAGGACCUUUCCGACGCACGAGGCCCUCAUGGUGGAGACGCUCAAGGUGGCGGAAACGAUUGCCGGAUACUCACGCGUUGCCAUCAUGGCCUGCAAGGAAGUGGUCAACAAGAGCCAGGACCUGCCGCUGCGGGACGGCGUCGAGUUUGAGCGGCGCGUCUUCCACAGCCUGUUUGGCAGUCAGGAUCAAAAGAUUGGCAUGAAGGCGUUUGCUGAGAAGAAAAAGGCCGAGUGGACGCACUCGUAG